AUGUUACUCCCUACUUUCCUCAUCUCCUCGAUCGCUCUAUCCUCCGCGAUCUCCCUUCCGCGUGCAUUCAUCCCCAACACCAACGCCACCGACUCCGUCAACGCCUCCAUCGCAGCGUACACCGACCCCAUCCUCAAAGCCAUCGCCGCUGACCCAGCGCUCGAAGACGCCUAUGCCACCGCGACCUUCUCGAAUGGGCCGAGGGCGAAAGUAUUGAACAAGGAGGGGGCGUACUUCCAUUUUAGAGAGUUGAAGGGCCACAGUGGGUUGGCGAACUUGACGACGUUGGUGAUCAAGUUUGGUUUCCCUGGUGGGCUAAGCUCGACGAACAACAUCUUUGCCUACCACAUCCACGAAAACACAAUCUCCGCCAACGAUACUACUUGCAAUUCCGCCGGAGCCCAUCUUGACCCAUUCAAAGCCAACGGCACACAACCUCUCCAGUCGAACGUCACUUCAGCUCCCGCCUCGGAAGGUCCUUCCUUCAAUCGCCUCUACCACCCCACGAGCGGCAAUCUCAGCACGUUCCAGACUGGUGACCUGAGUGGAAAGUACGGUCUGUUGACGACGCUGGACGGGAUCAUGCCGGGCAGGGAGAUCCUCGAUCAUUAUCUUAGGAUCACCGGCAACUACUCGUACUCCAUCGCGGGCCGUUCCGUCGUCAUCCACGAUGCUGUUACGGACACGAGGAUUGCUUGCGGCAACAUCUCUAGGACGGAGUCGUACCCCUCAUAG